UUGGAGAUGCGGACUGCAGUGAGGAACUCGACGCUUCUGUCGCCUCGGGCACGUCUGAUGCUGGAAACGCUGAUGGUGCUCAUGAGUGUGGCCGCAGCGAUGGGAAAUGUUCUGGUCAUUGUGAUUGUGGCCGCCACAAAAACCUUCCACACUGUGACCUCUGUCCUCAUCAUUAAUCUGGCCAUUUGUGAUUUCUUAGUCGGAAUAGGCGUCAUGCCGUUUGUGGCUGUUUCCAUUAUAAACAACGGAUGGAUCAGCUGCAAUCAUCUGUGCAUGUAUGUCGGAUACACCUCCUCCGUCUACUGCACUGCAUCUGUCUUAACACUUGCUGCUAUCGCACUGGAUCGUUACUUCUCCAUCGUUGACUGCCUGAAGUACAGUUCCAGCUGCACAAUAUGGAGAACAAGUAUGGCUGUGCUAUGGAUCUGGUUGCAAGCCAUGGUGACCAGCUGUCCUCCUCUCCUCGGCUGGAGCAACGUAAGCUUUGUGGCUCCCAUGUUCAGCUGCGCUGUGAACUGGGCAAAGAGCCUCAGCUACACCGUCUUUAUGUCUACACUAUCUUUUUUUCUACCAGCUAUGGUCAUCCUGUUCUGUUAUGUGAAGAUUGUUCGUGUGGCCCGGCACCACGCUAGGAGAAUCCACAGCUUGGAAGAACAUUUCCAGCGUAACAGGAUCAAACCCACUUCAGCUUCUAUCUUGAAUCUUCAAAAUUCAUCCACGGACAUGGAAACUUACAUGCCCUCCAGGCUGGUGUAUUAUGUGAGUGGUAGGUUUGUGACUGAUGCUCAGUUGGAUGUUCCUGGAGAAAUAUCUCCAGAUGCACCAUCUGGAGGAGAGACCUCUUCCAGGACAUCUGGUGGACGUCUUAACUCCUUUCUGGCUCAAUUCCAUAAUAGCAGUCCUCAACAUCCAAACCAACCUCAGCAUCAUGGCAUCCUUAGGCUAUUUCUAGUAAUCGCUGCUUUCUUUCUAUGCUGGACGCCAUACAUUAGUGUAGCUCUAGUGCAGGCCACCGAAACUGCCCUUUCUCGCACCACGAGCCUCGUUCCUCCAUCGGUGGUCACCUUCUCCUACUUGCUGGUUUUGUUCAAUUCUGAUAUCAACCCUUUGCUGUAUGCGCUCCUCAGCAAGCGCUUCCAGGGGGCUCUCCAGAGUUUGGGAUGGAAGAUCCUAACUAGAUUGGCGAGCUUUGUUGGACGAGAAGGAGUUGAGAGACCUACAAGUAGAGGUGGAGGAGAAAGUGAACCCACUAAUGUGACAAUCCACAGUUCCACACCGCAUUUAAGAAAUGAUGGGGCGCCUCUGGAGUCAACAUACUCCUCUGUCUUAACUUUCAGAUCGACAUUCCCCAACAACUUUAGGGAGCAACUGAGUAAUGUUCUUCCAACUGGUAGUUUGGCUACCUCCUCUCACCCUGUUUGUCAUAAAUGUGGUGGAAAUGGCUCUAAGAUGGUUGAGCAGCUGCAGGUUCCCUCAAGACAACAUCAGAGGAAUAGACUCCCCUACUCGGCUGCAACUAAAAAGAAACAAGCGACGUUCUUUUAUGGACAGAUUACAGUACGAGUAGAGCAUGAUAUCUGCUAA